AUGAAUUGGUAUAGUAGUAACAACGCGUGGCAUGGUGCGAAAAAACGGCAUGUUGCGGGUUCAGCUGCUACUGAAGUUGAAAUUAUAGCGAAUUAUAAGCGAAAAACAGGUGGAGAAGAGCAAGUAAGCAGGGGUUGGUACCUUGGGCAAGUACCGCGGCCAACUCCCCUGUCUGAAAGAAGCGACAGGCAAGGCCCAUCACCGCACGCGGAUAUCAUGAAGACGAGUAGCAACCACCAG